GAAAUCAAAUCCACAACGAGCGCUCUUCAACGGUCCCUUUCCUUAAAAACGGCUACUUUCUCUCUCUACAAUUCAAACUCUCAUUUCAAACCAAAAAACUCUCACUUUCUUCAUUCUCUCCACAAAAUCAACUCAUUUCCUCUUCUCAGCAGCGACGACGACGGAAAAUCAUUCCCAACACGAUGCAAUUUGUAGAUCCCUUGCAUUGUUCAGAUACAAAGAGCCCCAAAAUGUCCAAACCUCAAAAUGAUCCCCUUUUGCAAUCGGAAACAACUUGUGGAACACUUCUCUAUGAACUUCAGAUAAUAUGGGACGAAGUUGGGGAGGCUGAGUCUGACAGAGAUAGAAUGCUGUUUGAGCUUGAACAAGAGUGUCUAGAAGUAUACCGAAGGAAGGUAGAUCUAGCAAAUCGGUCUAGAGCUCAGUUAAGGCAGGCAAUUGCUGAUUGUGAGGCAGAACUUGCCGCCAUUUGUUCAUCAAUGGGAGAGAGACCAGUGCAUAUUCGUCAGGCUGAUCAAAAUGCUGGAAGCCUGAAGGAAGAGCAUGCAAGAAUUCUUCCGCAGUUGGAGGAGAUGCAAAAGAGGAAAAUUGAGCGUAGAAAUCAAUUUAUAGAAGUUCAAGAGCAGAUUCAAAGCAUUUCAAUUGAAAUAUAUGGUCCUAGAGAAUAUAUUCCUGCAGUCGAAGAUGAAACUGAUUUAUCCUUGAGAAAACUAGAAGAAUUGCAUAGGCAGCUGCAUGCACUUCAGAUUGAGAAGAGUAGUCGCUUAAAGCAAGUCCAGGAGCACCUGUAUACAUUAAAUUCUCUUUGUUUAGUGCUUGGUUUUGACUUUAAGCAGACAAUUAAUGGAAUUCAUCCCAGUUUAUUGGACUCAGAAGGAUCUAAGAGUGUAAGUAAUGACACCAUUCAGCAAUUAGCUGUUGCUAUACAAGAACUGCGGGAAGUUAAAUUACAGAGAAUGCAGAAGCUCCAAGAUCUUGCCACUACAAUGUUGGAGCUCUGGAAUUUGAUGGAUACCCCUAUUGAAGAGCAACAGAUGUUUCAGAAUGUUACAUGUAAUAUAGCUGCUUCAGAACAUGAAGUAACUGAACCAAACACCUUGUCCGUGGACUUCAUCAAUUUGGUUGAGGCGGAAGUAGCUAGGUUAGAAGCGUUAAAAUCAAGCAAGAUGAAAGAGCUUGUAUUAAAGAAAAGAACAGAGCUGGAGGAGAUUUGUCGAAAGACUCAUUUGAUUCCAGAAAUAGAUAAUGCAGUGGAAUCCGCUGUUGAUGCCAUAGAAUCUGGAUCUGUGGACCCUGCUUGCAUUCUUGAACAAAUUGAACUUCAGAUUUCCCAAGUCAAAGAGGAAGCUUUUGGCAGAAAAGAGAUACUUGAAAAGGUUGAGAAAUGGUUGGCAGCAUGCGAUGAAGAGUCUUGGCUUGAGGAGUACAACAGGGAUGAUAAUCGAUACAAUGCUGGGAGAGGUGCUCAUCUUACUCUUAAGCGAGCUGAGAAAGCUCGUGCCUUGGUUAACAAAAUUCCAGCAAUGGUAGAUGGUCUGACUUCAAAAACUAUUGCAUGGGAGAAGGAAAAAGGCAUUGAGUUCACAUAUGAUGGUAUUCGUCUUCUUUCUAUGCUUGAAGAAUACAAUAUAUUACGGCAAGGGAAAGAGCAAGAACGUCGUAGGCAGCGGGAUCUGAAGAAACUCCAGGGACAAAUGAUAGCUGAACAGGAGGCACUCUAUGGGUCAAAGCCAAGCCCUUCAAAGCCCCAAAGUGUUAAAAAGGGACCUAGGAUGUCAACUGGAGGUGCAGCUAGUAGAAGAGUCUCUUUGGGAGGAGCGAUGCUUCAAACUCCAAAACCUGAUUCAAAAGCUACUCACUCACGUGCCACAAGAAAGAUUGACAAAGCGCACCAAAUUGAGCAUCUAAAUUACCUGGAUGAUGGCAUUGCUGGUUUAUCAGCAGCUAGAAGAGGGCUGGACAUUGCUGGCGUUCCUGUAAAAAAACACUCAUUUGGUGCUGGGACUCAAGAAUCUCCUCUGCUACGACAGCCUUUUUCUCCCAUCUCUUCCAACAGUGUAUCUUCAAAAUCUAAUGUGGCAAAUGCUACAGAUGAACAGAAUAAACAGAGUGAGAAGUUGCAGAGAACACUGUCGCUUAACAAUGUGCCAUUUACUACUCCCUCCAAGACAGCUACUACUGUGGUAGAUGAAGAGAAUAGAACUCCAAAGGCAAUACCUAUUCCUGUCCCAGCUACCCCUUCAACAGUAUCAGUUCCAAUGAAUAUGGCCAUGACUCCAGUUCCUUCUUCAAUUUUCAAGAACAUAAGCUUGAACUCAACAACUCCCACAUCAGUUCCUCAUGGAAAUGACAUGGUUCAAGAGGCUGAAUAUUCCUUCGAGGAAAAAAGGCUCAGUUAUUAUAUGUUAGCAUGAUUUUUUUCUUUGGUGUUUCAUUUUACUUCUUGUAGUUACUUGUGAUGGAUAAUCAUAAGUCAAUUGUAAUUGGCUUUCUGAUUGUGUACAUUUGGAGAAGUGGAGGUAGACUAGGAUGUGGAACAAACUUACUAAUGGCGACAGAUUUUGCGGUCUAAUUGCCAUUUACUUUUCUUCAUUACUUUCCGAUUGUUUCAUCUAAAAGUGGGGCCUUGGUGUAUUGGAUAUUCACUUUUAUGGAGAUGGAUUAUUGUUAAUACUUUGAAUUCUAAAUAUUUCAUCAUGAGAUUUAGCAGUUA